AACAAACUUUCCAUUGUCGUUUUGAUGUUGUUCUACCAUCCACAGGAAAAUGAGAAAUUACAGUUAGCAAAUUAUCAUUUUCCUGUUCUAGCAAUUUGGGCUUCAGCAACGGACGGCAAUUCAAAAAAUCACAGAGCGGCAAAAGAGUUUGCAAAUAUAUAAAUAUAAAAAAGAGUUAAAAAAGACGAAAGCCUCUGGCUCCAAAAUUGAUAAUCUGGGCUUUCCAACGGACUCUUUCUCCCUUCACACGCUCCCUCAAUGGCCAGAGUCAAACAUUCCGCGCCUCGGGGCCGAAGGCGAAAGAAAUCCACUGAAACAACUACCUCACCAACUUCACUAGCAACGCCGCCGUCGAAUAGGUCCCCAGGACCAAGUGCAAGUAGAGCACAGCGAAAUACUCCAUCAACUUCAAGAACACCAAGGCAGAGGAAACAGCAUCGCUUCAAGCCAGGAACAGUAGCUCUCCGAGAAAUUCGCCACUUCCAGAAGACUUGGAAGCUGCUGAUCCCAGCUGCUAGCUUCAUCCGACUUGUAAAGAGUAUUACUGUUGAAUACUCCCAAGAAGUUAACCGUUGGACAGCUGAAGCUUUAGUAGCACUUCAAGAGGCAUCAGAGGAUUUUUUGGUCCAUUUGUUUGAAGAUGGAAUGCUAUGUGCAAUUCAUGCAAAGCGUGUUACAUUAAUGAAAAAGGAUUUUGAAUUGGCACGUCGGCUUGGAGGGAAGGGACGACCUUGGUGAAAAUGUUACGGCGUAACCAAGAGCAACAUCACUGAUUAUAACCAUUAUGAGAUGUAAUUCUGCUGUUCUUUGAUAUCAAUUGGUUUAUUGUUAUUUUAGGGACAUUCACAAAUUAGAAAUAUGAAAAUACUUGGCUCUCCUCACGCCUAUUUGUUGCUUAGUGUUGGAGAGUGCAGACAAUGUAGAUUCCGUUCUCAGAAUAUUUCAUUAUAUUCGCCAAUUGUCUUAGGGAUGCUUUUGGACCAGUCAGCCAUUGAUGGGUGUGAGCUGGCCUAUGCAACUGUGUAUACAUGGAAUUAUUGUUGUUAUAAAAGCUUAAAGGAUUUGCUACGGU